AUGAUUCCUGAAGACCCUUUGGUCGAAAUUCUCCUAAGAUUGCCUGUGAAAUCACUAGCGAGAUUUCUAUGCGUAUCCAAGCGUUGCUACUCAAUCAUCCGCAGUCGACAUUUCAUCAACUUAUACCAAUCUCGAGCCUCUACUCGUGAGUCACGUGUCAUGUUUGCUUUCCGUGAUACAAACACAUUUUUUCGCUGGAAUUUCUUCUCGUUAUCUCAACCACCUUCUUCAGUUACCAAUAUCGAUAGUACUUCUUAUUGUAUGCCUGUUUGCGUCAAUGGCUUGAUAUGUGUCGAACACAUGUUUCGACUGUGGAUAUGCAAUCCUGUCACGAAAAAGAUCACACUUUUUCCCGAUUGCGGUCCCCGUAAACAAUUCACGACAUGGUAUAUGGGAUAUGAUCCAAUCAAUUAUCAAUACAAGGUCUUGUAUUUGUCAAGAGAACAUUUAAUAGCUCCUUAUAUAGUGGAAGUGUUCACAUUUGGAGAUGAAGGUUCGUGGAGAAUGAUCGAGGCCGAUGAGAAUUUCCACUCUCCAGAAACCAGAGGAGUAUGCACCCACGGGGUUCUGUAUUAUGGUGCUUAUACGGGGGAUGGAGCGAAAAUUGUGAGGUUCGAUGUGAGGACGGAAAAGUUUGGUAAGUUCAUUGAAAUGCCGGCCGAGGCUUGUAGUAUUCAUGGUGUCUAUUUGGGUCUCUAUACCCUUUUGGACUACCAAGGGAAGUUAGGUUUACUUGCUACACAAGCUACAAGCACAUAUGAUUUAUGGGUUUUGGAAGAUGCGGAGAAACAUGAGUGGUCUAAGGUUUCUAUCUUCAUAACUCGAGAGAUGUGUCCGUAUGAUCUUAUUUGGCCAGGUGUGGUGGGUUUUGUUGCUGGUAGUGGUGAGCUUAUAGUUACUGCUCGUGAUGAGCUUGGUCAGUUUCAUAUUCUCUAUGUUGAUCUCAAGAAGAAUCGUUCGAGGGAAGUUUGGUUCGAAGAAAUCACACCCUCGUUUGGAUCAGCUCUGGUGCUUGCUUUCACGGAUUACGUUGAAAGUAUUGUCUUAAUGUGAUAAGAACAAGAAGAGUGAAGAGUGAUCUUGUCCUUACAUCACAUGCAUCACAUGAGUGUAUGGAUUCUUCUUUUU